AACCAUAUUUACAUAUUAUAUAGCUGGUUUGUGGCCGUGUUCCUACAGGAUAUACAGCUGUGUUGCAAUGGCCCGAUCACAAGCCCAGGACGUCAUUCGAUGUCAAUACUGUGAGGACGAGCCCGCUGUCUUCCACUGUGUUCCGUGUGGAGAUGAACUCUGUCUUCCAUCUUAAAAGUAAAGUUCCCUCCGGACACAACAUCGUCCGUCUGUCUGAGAGACUUCAUCCAAUUAAUCAGAUUAAAAUGUGUGAGGUCCACCCAUCUAAAGCGUACGAGGCUUGCUGUGAAGAUUGUCAAGUCCCGGUGUGUAUAUCGUGCAUUCAGGAAGUUCACGGAAAACACGCUAUCGGUAAAUUACAGGAUCUUUACGAAAAACAAAAGGCUGAAACCGAGUAUGAAUUGUCUAAACUGAAGGGACAAUAUAAGUCUGAGAUUAUUCAAAGAAUAAAGGAUUUCAAAAAUGGAGAGAGGGAAAUAAAGACCAGCCAUAAAGAUAUCAGAGAGAAGAUGAACAAACAAGCUCAGGAUUUUAUAGAUCAUAUCAGCGCCAUUUUGAAAAAAGCCUUGGAUGAAUCCACAAAAGACGAGAGAGAGAAGUUAUUGGAAAUAUCUAAAUAUACAGCAGAGGCAGAAAGUUUCGAACAAAACUUGGAUCAAAUGAUUGAGAAAUUUGAAACUCUUACAGAAUCAAGUCAUCCCGCUGUCCUUUUAUUGUACCGAAAACAAAAUCCUGACAUAUUUAAGAGAUUAAAAUUUCCAGACAAAAUAAAUCUCACUAUGCCUUCAUUUACAAUCGGUCAGCUCAGCAAAUCUCAAAAUGAGCACCAGUUUGGUAAAUUCAUCAGUGGUGUUAUAAGCCAUUUUAAAUCAAGCGAUGAUAGUUUAAAAGUUAAAGAUCUGUCUGGGUCUACAAGCGUAAAACCGUCUAUCAAAAAAGUAUCAAGACGUGCAAUACAAAUAAGCAAAACAAAAUCCCAAAAGAGAACAUUAUAUCACGUAAGUUGUCGUGAUGACAGAACAGCGUACAUCAGUGGUGGUGGUUGUGGGAUACUACUGAUAGACAGGUCAGGGACAGAGCUGGAUAACAUCAGUACAGACGGACAACCAUCUGGUCUGGCUGUGAUGAAGGACGGAAGUCUGAUUUACUCUGACUAUGACAAUAAAUGGAUCUAUAAAGUGUCACUCAACAAAGAGAAAACAAAACUUAUAAACACUGAGUAUGGUCCUAGAGGUCUGUGUUGUACCAGGUCAGGUGAUAUCCUGGUCUGUAUGGGUGUUUUAUAUACAGCGAGAGUAGUCAAGUACAGCAGCAGUGGGAGGAUGAUCCAGGAAUUCAGGACAGAUCAGAACGGGGAGAGACUUUUUAUUAAUCCAUGGGGUGUCUGUGAGAAUGUCAACGAGGAUAUCUGUGUUUCUGAUUUCAACAGUAAAGUGGUCGUCCUGACCAAGUCUGGAAAUCUUCGGUUUAAGUAUGACGGGAAAGUCCUUAAACAGACGUUAAAAAAAGAAUUCGCUCCGCGUGGUGUGGCUACCGACAGUCUGGGUCACAUCCUUAUCGCAGACAAAGACAAUAACGUCGUACACCUGAUCAGCCAAGACGCGGACUUCCUGUCUUACAUCCUGACAGAGAAUGAUGGGAUAUCACGGCCGUACGGAAUCUCUGUGGACAGGCACGACAACCUGUGGAUGGUAGAAUGUGAAAACGCCUGUGUUAAAGUGUAUCAGUAUCUGUCAUAACUUUGAACACUCCUUUUCAACCUUUACAAAUGUAUUUAUUUACCUUACAAAAUAACUCAUCAUUAAAAUGAUACAGUUUUCCUUAUAAUUAUUUUUCAGUAAAUAGAAACAAAUAUGUUAUUUUAAUGGUUAUUUUAAUAUAGAUUUUCAAAAGAAUAUAAGUAUAUGUACAUGUAUUUUAAGCAGAAUUGUUCAUUAACAAUGAUAUGUGACUUUGGAAAAUGUCGUGACUAUUUAUUUCAACAAAAUUUGCAUUUUUAUCUCACAUAAAUUAUAGUGUAAUA